CUACCGGGCGUGCGUUUGCCUGGCUUUCCCCCAACGACGGAGGGACUUCCAGGAUGGGGCUGGGUGGGGACCGAGACUGCCCACAGGCCGAGGGGACACAGCCGAAGAUGGCUUAGCUCCACAUUCCUCACGGCUUCCACGCUGCCUUUCUGCCCGGCACUUCCUCUCCGCUGCGCCCCGCGCCGCGGGUCACUUCCACCGAGACCGACGCGGACGGGGCGCUGGCACCAGAGGUGACCUUGGGAAGCCAGUCGUACAGCCGCUUCCAGGCUCGGGUCCUCAGCUGCCCAGCAGGUGUGACGGCAGCCUGGGUCCUGCUGUAGCGACGGCAUGGCUGCUGCAGGAGCCAGAACAAAGGAACUGGAAAACAAUCACAGUGACUGCUUUGUCCAACUUUCAAAUCCAAAUGUAGCCACAAUGAAAGAAGACGUUCUCUACCAUUUCAACCUCAGCACUGGCACACACGAUUUCCCAGCUCUGUUUGGAGAUGUGAAGUUCGUGUGCGUUGGUGGAAGCCCUUCCCGCAUGAACACCUUCAUCAGGUACGUGGCUUCGGAGCUGGGCCUGGGCCGCCCGGGCGAAGAGUACCCCAACAUCUGCGCGGGGACCGACCGCUACGCCAUGUAUAAAGUGGGCCCGGUGCUGUCCGUGAGCCAUGGCAUGGGCAUUCCUUCCAUUGCCAUUAUGUUACAUGAACUGAUCAAGCUGCUGUACCAUGCCCGGUGCUCCAAUGUCACCAUCAUCCGCAUUGGCACUUCGGGUGGCAUAGGUCUGGAGCCCGGCUCCGUGGUCAUCACGCAGCAGGCCGUGGAUGCUUGCUUCAAGCCGGAGUUCGAGCAGAUUGUCCUGGGGAAGAGGGUGGUUCGGAGCACUGACCUGGACGAGCGGCUGGUGCAGGAGCUGGCGAAGUGCGCCGCAGACCUGAGCGAGUUCACCACCGUGGUGGGGAACACCAUGUGCACCCUGGACUUCUAUGAAGGACAAGGCCGGCUAGAUGGCGCCCUCUGCUCCUACACAGAGAAGGACAAGCAGGCCUAUCUGCACGCAGCCCACGCCGCCGGCAUCCGCAACAUCGAGAUGGAAUCUUCAGUGUUCGCUGCCAUCUGCAGUGCCUGUGGCCUGCGAGCGGCUGUGGUGUGCGUCACCCUCUUGGACCGCCUGCAAGGGGACCAGAUCAACAGUCCCCACGACGUACUUGUUGAGUACCAGCAGAGGCCUCAGCGGCUGGUGGGUUACUUCAUCAAGAAGAGCCUGGGGAAGGCCUGAGGCCCAGCUCCCUCCUCAGGACAAGAUCUGGGUUGACUGGCCAAUAAAUCUUCAUUACAAAUUC